CUGGCUGAAAUGUCACAUGACUCCCGCAUCACAUUCAUGGAUCUCCACUAAAGACAUGAGGGUUCGCCCAAAUGGAAGAAUUAACGACGGUCCCGGUGUGUUUGAGUGCGUGAACAAUAGACCGCGAGCAUGCCAACGCUGCUGCAGAAACUCUUCAGCAAACGAGCCGGUAACGGGAGCUCCCGGGACUGCUCGACGGGAGCGGAGCAGCGUUGGGCGUCUGCUGAGUUUGAUCUAGCUCAGAUCAGGUUGAUCGUGUAUCAGGACUGUGAGAGAAGAGGGCGGCAGGUUCUCUUCGACUCCAAAGCAAUACAUAAACUGGAAGCAUCUGAGCCGACUACUGAUGAGACUAAAUCUCCACCCACUCGGAGUGGUGCUUGCCAAAUCAACAGCCAAGCAAGCGAGAAGGACAAGCCUCCCACAUAUCAGUAUACCAGACCGGCUUCAGAUGUGAACAUGCUCGGGGAGAUGAUGUUCGGCUCAGUUUCUAUGAGCUAUAAGGGUUCGACACUUAAAAUUCACCACAUUCGGUCUCCCCCUCAGCUGAUGGUCAGUAAGGUUUUCUCCACACGGUUUGGAAGCAGCGUCUCUGGAAGUACAAAUACGCUGCAAGACAGUUUUGAGUCCAUGAGCCAAACUCUUCCAAGUCACACCAGCAGCAUAGCCCACAGUAAUCCAGUGGACAUGCCAAGCAGAGGACAUAGUGAGGAUGGAGACAGUGGCAUUGCCCGCUCAGCAUCUCUAAGCAGCCUAUUGGCCACACCCCUACCCUCACCUAGCUCCUCCUUCAGCAGCGGCUGUGCCAGCAGUUACCAACGCCGAUGGCUCCGUAGCCAGGCCACCAGCCUCCAGCAUGGUCCCAUGCCUCGCUGGAGCACUGAGGAAAUGUUCAACCUGUCUGAUGAGAGCUGCAGUUCCAACCCUGCGAUGAUCCGGAGGAAGAAGAUUGCCAUCAGCAUCAUCAUCAGCCUCCCGGAGAGAGAAGAGGAAAACCACAAUUUUCAGGAGUUUUUCUUCUCCCACUUUCCUCUUUUUGAGUCUCAUAUGAACAAGCUCAAGACUGCCAUCGAAAGGGCAAUGAUCCUGUGCAGAAGAAUUGCUGAGUCCAGCCAUCGCGUGCAGGUUUAUCUAUGUCGAGUGAUGGAGGCACUGGGUGAAUUCAGGAUGACAGUGUGGAACCUUUACAUGGCUCCGCGAAUCACCGAGCCAGUCUGGCUUUCCAUGAUUUCUCAGAGUGCCGAGCGAAGCCUUUUGUGUCAGCGCUUCCUGAAGGAGAUGAGUUUGCUGAUGGAACACGGAGCCAAAAACCAGUUUCUCUCUGCUCUCCUUACUGCGGUUCUUACGCAUCACUUAGCCUGGGUUCCCACGGUAAUGCCCAGUAACCUCCCUCCAAUCAAACCUGACUGCCAGAAACCUGCCUCCCAGACAGUGGAUCUGUUGGCAAAGUCUCACCCAUACAACUCGCUAUGGGCUCAAUUAUGUGACCUGUAUGGUGCUUUAGGCUCUCCGGUUAGAGUGUGCCGGACGGUGGUCGUGGGACGCAGGAGGGAGCUGGUACAGCGAGUCUUGUAUGUUCUCUCCUACUUCAUUCGCUGCUCAGACCUGCAGGAGCAUAUGCAACCCCAAGGACAAACGGACAAUCCAGCGAAUCCCUGUUUCUCUCAAAGCAUCAAUCCCACCCCUGCAACUGAAAGGAGCAAUGAAGACACGUGUUCCCCUAAGCCAGACGCAUCAAAGCCCACCCCCUGUAUGUCAACCAAUGAUAAAGCCCUGAGCUCUGAUUUGGCUAAUUUACUUCCAGGCAUCCUUUUAGAACAACAUGAUGAGAAAGCCCUUUUCCCAGAUACAAAAUGCACAAAUCCAUCCCCCUGUUUGGAAUCGACGGGUGUCAGGACUGAAUGUACAGAGAUCGGGCAGGAAUGUUUUGGAGAAGACAGUGACUCUGUUGGAUUAGAGCACAUUUUAGCCAAUCUGAGUCCUCUUCUGCACAGGGUGCGGUUUCACAUAGGCAGUCCCAGAGAAGCAGAGAAUGAUGGAUAACCUGGGGCAUUAACUGGGGCGGGGUUUGGGCGGGGAUUAGACAGGAAGUUGCAUCAAAGGCUUUUGACUGAUAUACGGAGGAACGAAAGUUCGGACAGUGCUUUAGGCGACAGUGAUGAGGAGGAAGCAUUGCCAUGGCAACUGCACAUGGUUGCAGAACAACAGGAAUAUGAGCUACCACUGCCAAGUUGUCAGGUAGAGAGUCAAGCCAAUGUUAAUCAUUUCGGGAGGUCUUUGCUGGGGGGCUACUGUCCUCAAUACAUGCCUGACUUUGUUUUGCACGGCAUCAGCUCUGAUGUCAGACUCAAGCAGUGCCUCAUGGCUGACCUGGAACAUACCGUUCUUCAUCCAGCCCUGGAUGAACCUGUAGCAGAGGCUCUGUGCAUUGUGGCAGAUACAGACCGGCUGAGCGUGCAGGUUGCGACAAGUCAAAGACGCGUGUGUGAGGGUGGGCGGUUAGGCAGAGAUGUGAUGGUGUCUAACCUCGUACACACACUCAUUACAUCAGUCCUGCAGCUGUACGCGCUUAACAUCGCAGCGGAUUUUUGUGUGAUGCAUCUGGAGGACCGGUUACAAGAGGUGUAUUUUAAGAGUCGAUCCUUAGCAGAAUAUUUGAGAGGGCAAACCAGGGUCCACGUUAAAGAGUUGGGACUGGCACUGGGGAUUGAGUCCAGUGACAUUCCAUUGCUUGCAGCAGUGGCCAGCACUCACUCACCGUAUGUGGCCCAGAUUCUUCUCUGAAUGGACCAAGCGAGAUGAAUUUCAUUUAAAGGACCAAUCAGAAUGUGUUCAUGUUCUGCAUGGACCAGCAAAGAUCUGGGCUGCGUUUCCCAAAAGAAUCGUAAGCCUACGUUGAUUGUAGCUCUAUUGAUGACAAUGGUUCUAAGAUCAACGUAAGGUUACGAUGCUUUUGGGAAACGCAGCCCUGAUCAUUAUCAGAUGAACACACCACUCACGAUGCACUGUGCUCGACAACCAAUUAGAGCUCACGCCCAGUCUUUACUAUACCAAUCAGAAUGCCCCUUGUUUGCCUAGCUGACAGUAUUAUGUGUGUAUGUGGAUGUCUAAGUAACAGUUUUGUAAAUGCGGUCAUCCUAUAGACUGAAUGGUAUAUCAUAUUGGGAUACUUGUUAAUGCUUAUGUCUUUCAAAGUCUUAUAUGAAAGAUUGAGACUAAGGUUCUGAAAGAAGCAACUUUUAUAUUAGCACCCAUAUACAGUAUUUGAUGUUUCCAAAGAGGGAUCUCUACGUGUUAAAUACACAACAGUAUAUUUUAUUUAAGUUGAGGGCUAAUACAAAUGCAUAGCCUCCUUCAGAAGCAAUAAUAAGUUUACACCAGAAGCAGCGUAGAUUUUUUUAUGAAGAAUUUUGAUUACAAAUGUUUUUUUUUCUAUCAUUCUCAUCUCAGCCUGAGCAUUUAAUUUAAUCUUAAAUUAUAUUAAUGUCCAUCAUAUUCACCAAGAGUGCCUCUCCCAGGUUGAUUACCAGAUUUGUAUGUGCUUUAGUCUAAGAAAGAUGAGGGAAUGUUUACAUAGUGGAGGACUGGGUGUGAUUUUGAACUGUUACUGUUAUUUAAUUAUGUGUCAAUGGACAGUCCACAGAUAGUGGAUUACAAUAUUAAUCUGGUGCUACUUUAUUGUUCAUUGUGUCUUAAAUACAUACUUUAAGCUUUGCCCUUGCAAAUGCUUUAUAUUCCUUUCAGGGGCCUUAAAGGUGUACACCCCACAGCAACAGGAUCCCUGGUGUGUGACACCGUUAGUAUUCUUCUGUUUAAAUGACUGAGAGAAAGAUGAUAAUUUUUAUAUUUUUGCGGAAUGAUCUACCUCAAAUAAAUGAUCUGAAGGUUCAGUGUGCUGAUUUUAUCAUGAGUCUACUUAAAUGUACUCUGAAGACAGCUUCAUUUGUCUUAAAGUAAAUGUCAUUUUGCGUAAAUGCCACUAUAGUAAAUUCUUUACUGAUUGUAAAUGUUAAAUUGUCUGUUAAAGAAGAGGGUGGAAGUUACAAUUUUGAACACGGAAGUUACAAUUUUGAACACUAAAGUUUUAACACUUAUGUUUUAGUUGUCUCUUAUGAGGAUGUAUACAAGUGUAAUAUAUUUUGGUCUGCUCCGUGCAUGGUGUUGACGCUUCAGAUUGAAUGCAGUUGGGUGUUUUAACUGUAACAAUGGAAAGUUGUUAAGAGCUGAACUAUAAUGAUGAAUGAAUAAAUUACCAAGAAUAUUAU